AUGAGGAUGUGUGACAGAGGUAUCCAGAUGUUGAUCACCACUGUGGGAGCCUUUGCAGCUUUUAGUUUAAUGACCAUUGCGGUGGGCACGGACUACUGGUUGUAUUCCAGAGGUGUGUGCAGGACUAAAUCUACAAGUGAUAAUGAAACCAGCAGGAAGAAUGAAGAAGUAAUGACACACUCGGGGCUGUGGAGAACCUGCUGCCUGGAAGGGGCGUUCCGAGGGGUCUGCAAGAAAAUCGACCACUUCCCCGAUGAUGCUGACUACGACCAGGACACAUCUGAGUAUCUGCUUCGGGCCGUGCGGGCCUCCAGCGUCUUCCCCAUCCUCAGCGUCACGCUGCUCUUCUUCGGCGGGCUCUGCGUGGCGGCCAGCGAGUUCCACCGCAGCAGGCACAACGUCAUCCUGAGCGCGGGCAUCUUCUUCGUCUCUGCAGGGUUAAGCAACAUCAUUGGCAUCAUCGUUUACAUAUCGGCCAACGCCGGGGACCCCGGGCAGCGCGACUCCAAGAAGAGCUACUCGUACGGCUGGUCUUUCUACUUCGGGGCCUUCUCCUUCAUCAUCGCGGAGAUCGUGGGCGUGGUGGCCGUGCACAUCUACAUAGAGAAGCACCAGCAGCUGCGCGCCCGGUCGCACUCGGAGCUGCUGAAGAAGUCCACCUGCCGCCUGCCGCCCUACAGGUACCGGUUCCGCCGGCGGUCCAGCUCCCGCUCCACCGAGCCCAGGUCCCGGGACCUGUCCCCCAUCGGCAAAGGCUUCCACGCCAUCCCCUCCACCGACAUCUCCAUGUUCACCCUCUCCCGGGACCCCUCCAAGAUCACCAUGGGGACCCUCCUCAACUCCGACCGGGACCACGCCUUCCUGCAGUUCCACAACUCCACGCCCAAAGACUUCAAGGAGGCGCUGCACAACGACCUGGCCAGCAGGCGCACCACGCCGGUCUAG